CGGCAGCUCCGGGGCCGCGGGCGGGGCCGGGCCGGGGCCAUGGCCGAGGGCAGGAGCGGCAGCGCCGGGCUCUUCGCCAGGCAGGUCCAGAAGCGCUUCAGCCGCGCCCAGGAGAAGGUUUUGCAAAAAUUGGGCAAAACGGUGGAAACCAAAGACGAGCAGUUCGAGCAGAGCGCCUACAACUUCCACCUGCAGCAGAACGAGGGGCACAAACUCUACAAGGACCUCAAGGGGUUCGUGGGAGCCGUGAGAGUGAUGCACGAGAGCUCCCGCAAGGUGGCCGAGACGCUGCAGGAGAUUUACAGCCCUGAGUACGGGCACGAGGAGCUCCGAGCCAUCGCCGACAGCAAUGACCUCCUGUGGGACGACUACGAGGCGAAGUUGGCCGACCAAGCCCUGCGGCUCAUGGAGAAUUACCUGGCUCAGUUCGGGGACUUCAAGGAGCGCAUCGCCAAGCGGGGUCGAAAGCUCGUGGACUACGACAGUGCCCGGCACCACCUGGAGGCUCUGCAGAGCGCCAAGAAAAAGGAUGAGGCCAAAAUCGCCAAGGCUGAGGAGGAGUUCAACAAAGCCCAGGCGGUGUUUGAGGACCUGAACAGGGACCUGCGGGAGGAGCUGCCGGUCCUGUACGGCAGCCGCAUCGCCUGCUACGUCACCAUUUUCCAGAACAUCUCCAACCUCCGUGACGUCUUCUACAAGGAGAUGAGCAAGCUCAACCGAGACCUGUACGAGGUGAUGAGCAAACUGGAGAAGCAGCACUCGAGCAAGGUCUUCAUCAUCAAAGGUGUCCCCAGCAACCGCCGCUCGCUGGUCAUCUCCUCGCCCGUGAGCCCCCCGGCCAUGUUCCCCUGCCCGGACAAGGCGCCCGUGGUGGACGCGGAGGUGACACUGGGGUCCCCCGGCGAGGACAGCGCUGCCACCGAUGCCACCUCCAACGGGGACCUGGGGGCUGUUUCCCCCGGGCCCCCCCCGGCUUCGCCCGCCAGCGGGGGGUCUCUGGACACGGCGUCGGUGUCCAGCGAGGAGACGGAGGAGCCCGGCCCCGGCCACGACAAGGCGUCCCCGGAGCAGGAGACAUCGGUGACGGUGUCGGUGUCCAGCGAGGAGACUCCGGAGACCAUCUCCGACCCCCGCUCUCUGUCCCCUGGUCGGGAGGCAUCGGCGACAGCCGCGGAGCCGGGGGCCGACCCCUCCAGCGGGGGUCCGGAGCCGGGGGGCGACAGCGGGGCGCGGGGGGGGCCCGAGGGCAUCGCCACCUCCCUGGCGUCACUGAUUUUAUCCGAGGCCAUUGCCCAAGCCACCGGCACCGCGUCCCCAGAGCCGGGAAAAGCCACGGGCACGGCAGGGGACAGCACGGCCACCAGCGCCGAGGGUCAGGCACGUCCCGCGGUGCCACCGUCCCCCACCGCUGCUGUCCCCGGCGAUGUCCUCGGGCCCGCGGCGGCGGCACCGGCGCGUCCCCGGGAGCCGUGCCAGCUCGGCGGUGACACGGCACAGCGCGGUGACACCGGGGACAGCGCGGAGGUGACGGAUAUCGAGCCAAAGGGCUGUUCCGGGACACCGGAGCAGGACACGAGCCAGGACACGAGCCGGGAUCCCUCAGGUGCUGCAGACCUCCCCCAGGACCCCCCCGAGUUCCUCAGCGCCCUGUGAUCCCACGGGAAAUGCGGCGUCUUCCCCAAAUUCAUUCCCAGGAUGCAUUUCCCAGCCCCCGUCCCGUCCGAAAUAAAGGUGGAAAAGGUGGCAAAA